CUUGUAAUCCUUCUAAUCCUAUGCUUCCUGUUGUUCCCUCAGCCCCUGCAAUCACAAGGCAAUAAUUUUUCUCGUCAGCCUUCAGCCCCUCCAAUCUUAACUCCUAAUGAGCGUUCCGACUCCGACCCUCAGCAGGUGCAUAUAUCGCUGGCUGGCAAGGGCCAUAUGAGGGUAUCGUGGAUUACAGAAGACGAGCACGUGCAAUCUGUGGUGGAAUAUGGAACAGAGGCCGGAAAAUACAGUGCAAAGGCCGCCGGAGAGCAGACCCAUUACCAGUUCUUGUUGUACAGGUCCGGCGCCAUACACCACGUCAAAAUUGGGCCUCUCCGUCCGAGCACCACUUACUUCUACAGAUGCGGAGGAUCCGGACCCGAAUUUUCCUUCAAGACGCCACCAGCAGAGUUGCCGAUUGAAUUCGUCGUGGUCGGGGACUUGGGACAAACAAAAUGGACAAGGUCCACCUUACGACAUGUUGAAAGCAAAGAGUACGACGUGUUUUUGUUACCGGGAGACCUGUCGUACGCUGAUACCCUGCAAUUCCUGUGGGACUCGUUCGGUCGUUUGGUUGAGACGAGCGCCAGCGGAAGGCCCUGGAUGGUCACCAACGGCAACCACGAGAUCGAGUCCAUUCCCAUCAUCCUCCCUCACCGCUUUGAGGCCUACAACGCCCGCUGGCUCAUGCCCCACCGCGAAAGCGACUCUUCCUCCAAUCUGUAUUAUUCUUUUGAGGUUGCCGGCACCCACGUCAUCAUGUUGGGUUCUUACACGGACUUCGAUGCUGGCUCUGAUCAGUACAAGUGGCUCCGAACUGAUCUGGCACGCAUUGAUAGGCUCCGCACCCCUUGGGUUGUCGUGCUCCUGCAUGCUCCCUGGUAUAAUACCAACGAGGCUCAUCAGGGUGAAGGUGAAAGCAUGAGAAAGGCCAUGGAAGAGCUGCUUUAUAACGCACGUGUCGACUUGGUUUUUGCUGGUCACGUUCAUGCCUACGAACGCUUUACUCGAAUUUAUGACAACAAGGCUGAUUCGUGCGGUCCGAUGUACGUGACAAUUGGGGACGGAGGGAACCGCGAGGGACUUGCUUUAAAGUUUAAAAAUCGUGGGAGCCCCUUGUCAGUGUUCCGAGAGUCGAGUUUUGGUCAUGGAAGGUUGAGAAUGGUGAAUGAAACGCAUGCUCACUGGGCAUGGCACCGAAACAAUGACGCUGAUGCGGUGGAGGCUGACCAGGUCUGGAUAACUAGCUUGAGCAGCACCAAAUCAUGCUGGCACGACACGUCAUCCGCUGCCCGUGAUGAGCUUUGAUACGUUGGA